AUGCAUUUGGGAGAUCGCCCUAUAGAGAUAACGAUGAAAAGGACUGUGGCAAGUCUAAGUAUUUGGCAAAGGAUAAAACUAGUUUAUAAUUUGAUUACCUCCGAUAAGAAUAUAACGAAAGAAGAAAUUGAAAAAAUGAAAGAUCAAGAUUUGCUAAUGGAGUUACUGCAUGAGAUAACGGAUACUUUUCCGUCGUUAGCUCGAGUGAUCGUUGAUGAACGUGAUGCAUACUUGGCAUAUUCGUUGUUGCAAGCGAAAGAGAUAGCAUCAAGGCACCUUGACACAUUGUGGGAUCCGCAGCCGCCGGUGGUGGUUGGUGUGGUUGGACUUGGCCAUAUCCACGGAAUAGUUGAGAAUUGGGGUAAACCAAUUGAUGUACAAGAAUUAUUAAGCUGUACCUUUAUUGUGAUUCACAUAACCAAAUCGGGUAAGGUCAUCAAAUGUCUAAAUUUAGUUUUCGUUUUCACAGAUACAUGUGAGACAAAAAGCUAA